AUGGAACUCGACGGUGGAAGCGAUAGCGACAAUAGCGAUAAUAUAUACGGUAAAACUAAUUUCGUGGAAGAAAACUGCUCGUUUAACUUUGUCUCGGACAUCCGAUUUUGGGGAAGUUCAAGCCGAGCGGAAGGAUUGAAACAAUUUUUCGACGUGUUGACUGUGCGACGAAAGUGCGCCUGA